AUGGCAUCCAAAUCGGGCUUAAACCCUACGACUAUUGAAUUGACCGAAGUCGAAGCGAAACUUCGUCACUUGCUUCUGGAUGUAGCUGCCUUUGUCGAUGAGACGUCCGUGCCCAAGACCGCCGAAGCUGGAGUGGUCGUGCCCGAUGAGCUCUCAAAGGAGAAGGUUGUGUUGCGCUUCACCGGGGGCUGGGUUCGAGACAAGCUACUCGGGGUCGAUAGCCAUGACAUUGACGUUGCCAUCAACAAGAUGACGGGCUACCAGUUCGGCAUGAAAUUGAAAGACUAUCUUGAGAUUCCCGGAAACCCGGCAAAAUAUGGACUAGAGCUGCCAGAAGAGGAAAAUAGCAAGUCUGGUGGAAAAGACAAGAGUAGAAGGGUCGCUCCAGGACUCUACAAGAUUGAAGCCAACCCGGAGAAGUCCAAGCACUUGGAGACAGUUACCACCAAGAUCAUGGGCUUAGACAUUGAUCUCGUUAACCUCAGGAAGGAGACAUAUACAGAGGAAAGCCGUAAUCCACAGAUGGAGUUCGGGACCCCGGAAGAAGACGCUAUGCGCCGAGACGCUACCGUCAACGCCAUGUUCUACAAUCUCAACACCUCCGAGAUCGAGGAUUUCACGGGUCGGGGAUUCGAGGAUAUGGAUGGAAAGAUCAUUCGGACCCCACUAGAGCCGUAUCAAACCUUCAAAGACGACCCGCUACGGGUGCUCAGGUUGAUCCGUUUUGCGAGCAGGCUCAACUACAAGAUCGACCCGGAGGCCGAAAAGGCCAUGGGCAAUCCUGAUAUUAAGGAUGCGUUAAGAGCCAAGAUCAGCCGAGAGAGAGUCGGUAUUGAAACGGAGAAGAUGCUCAAAGGGCCGGAUCCACAAAUGGCUCUAGCACUCAUUGAUAGACUUGAUCUCUACAACACCAUCUUCAUCGACCCUACGAGACCAAACAACCAUCCACCAGAUCUUGAAUAUCUGUCCCCUGCGUAUAAGUUUGUUGAGUGCUAUUUGCGAACCGCAAAGCCAGACAUACCUCAAAUUAUUCCCAAGACAUUAAUACGGAACGAGGAGGAGCAGUAUUUUGCCUGGAUCUGGGCAACCCUUAUGCCGUGGGUUGAUGCGCCUAUGGUACCUCACUCAAAACCCACCCAGCGCCCUUUUUAUGCUGCUACGCUAGUUGCGCGGGAAGGCAUCAAAGCGCCAAACAAGAUCUGUGAUGUUGUUACCGCCUGUCUUAGGGAUGGUGAAGAUAUUCGGAAGCUGGUGGACGCCUGCUACACUCAACUCAGGCGGCCGAACGCAAAGGCUGCUGGAGAGGACCCCACUGCUAGGGACACAUUAGGUAUGGCCAUCCGGCGGUGGGGUCCGACAUGGAGAAGCCAGCUUCUAUUCUCCCUCAUCUACGAGAUUGUACUUGGGUCAAUCUCACAAGAGCAAAUAUUCAACUCUUACUCAACAUUCCUCAACCAGCUUUCUAAAUACGGUAUCCUCGAGGCCUACACCUUCAAACCACUCAUCACCGGCACCGAGCUCGCCAAAGCCCUGAACACGAAACCCGGUCCAUGGAUGAGAGACGCCCUCGACAUCGUUAUGGCCUGGCAGCUCCGCAACCCCGACAUCGCCGAUCCAACCGAAGCCAUUGAAGCUGUGAAAGAAAACCGUACAGCCGCCAUGGCGGGCAAGCAGAGUGAGCUACCCUCCCGCCUCGCAUCUCACUUCCUUCAGCUUACCAUCCGCCCCCUCUUCUCCCAGAGUAACUCCAAACCUCACCCAAACCUCACACCGGCUGGCCGCGCAGCCCCAUCUCAUCCCGACCAAAAGGCACAAUUUCCGGACGAUACCAGCAAGGCGCCGUGGAAGGACCCGAAAAAUGGAUAUGCGAUAGACUUGCUUCGAUGGACCCUCUUAAUCUUGGGUCAAAAGGGCAUAGAAGCAAAUUGGGGUUUACUAGUCCCUCCAAUUCUAAAGAUGACUGAUAAUCUCGAUAUCAAAUGGAAAUCCCGCGGUUGUGAAUUUCUUACUUUACUUCUGGCUUCAACAUCGCCCUCACUUCUCUCUCGCACCGGGCUUGGAAAUGUGUUUGAAAUAACGCUGAUACCACUAUUUACCUACUUGCCCACUCUGACGGAAGAAAAAGAGAGUGUUCUUCUCCUAGAUAAAGCCUUCCCCGCACUCAUGGAAUUGGCGGAAGUCAUGUACCCACCACCAUCACAUUCCUCUACAACACCCCAACCUAUCAACACGCUCUCCACCCCGCGAGAGAAAUUCCUUGACAAACUCCUACGAUUGUGUAUUCUCGCGCCAGUUUCCCACGCCUCGCCGUCAACCUACCCUAGACUCGCGACAAGCCUCCUCUCCCACCUCCCCACCCUGAUCAAUGCUAUGCAAAUAGAUGCAGUCAAACAUCUGCAAUCACUCCUUCCCUUACUCUCAAGCAUCCUAACUGAACCGCUCGGCCUUGCCCACCCCCCACUGAUAGUAGGGAGCGUGAAAGGCUUGCAAGCUGUGGUACUGAAUUGCUGGCCUAGGGUAGGGAGGUAUAGGGGGGAGAUUAUGAAGGGUGUCUGUGUGUGCUGGGUCAGGUGUGGAGAGGAGGAGGGAGAGGAAAAGAAGAAGGAGAUUGAGGAGGUUAGGUGGGAGUUGAAGGAGUGUGUGGGUAUGUUGGAUGCUGUGUGUCAGGCGGAUGACGACCUAAAAGGCAUUUGGGAGGCGGAAAAGGCAGUGUUGGUUGCUAGGGAUGAGCGAUUGGGUGGUUUAUUUGAAGGGAACGAAGUGAGUUAG